AUGGCUCAGCCGCCCGCCAAGCGCCGACGCUGCACGGGGCCCCCGCGGCCACCGGAGCCACCGACGGACGUGUCGAUGGCGAUCACUCUGAAAGGCAGCGUGAUCACGGAAGCAAUCCUGCAUGGAUACAAGGAUGUGGAGAACCGCUCAGUCCACCUGCCCAUGGGCUGGGUUGCCUUGCACACGGGCAAGGGGAAGUGCGACGGGCGCCUGGAUUCGAUCAUGCGAACGCUGGCGGAGAAGCCCUUGCCGUCGGAUGCCUCCUGCCCGAAGGGUUACGUCGUGGGCGGCGCCUGGGUGGAGCGGACGGUGCGUUUCGCUGAGCUACGGGCUGAGUUCGAGUGUGGGAAGGACUGUGAUGGUCCUACUGGCGACGUGCGCCACGUGGACGGCUGCAGAUUUAGCCCCCAUGCCGGUGGCCCCAUCUGCAACAUCCUCGGGGCUGCGUUCCGGCUGAAGACCCCAGUGCCCUGUGCCGGGGAGAUAGGCUGCUGGCGCUUGCCUGCGGCCGUGCGUGAGAAGGUGGUUGCGCAGCUCACUGGGGAGGAGGUGACGGUGAAGUUCUUCCGGAAGGCCGAGGGCGAGAGCCUCCCUCGGCCUUUCCCUCCGCCCUGGGCGCCGGCCCUGCGGCGGGAGGCCGUGCGCUGGAGCCGAGACAUGCUGCCGGACCGGGCGCCCGGCAAAAGCAGCAGCCCACGGGAGGUGCCGCAACCCACCUCCGGGAGCGCAGCAGGGCCAGCUGUCACCUUGUCUCGCUUCUUCAGGCCGAAGGCGAAAGCAGACCCGCCAGCGCCUACCCCUGGCGAAGGGCACAGGCCUGGGCCGUUGCAGGGUGCCGCGGCCGCCGACCCAGGCCCAACGGAGACCAUCGACGUCGACAGCCCGGAGAUCGAGUUCGUGUCGUCGGAGCACAAGCUGCAACAGGUUGAUGAGCUGAGGAAAAGGACGCAGGAAGGAAAGGACAGGAUUCGUGAAGCCCGAAUCGCAUUGGACAAGACUUGGUGGGACCAUCUGGUUGAGUAUGCCCGAGAUGGUAACCUCACAGCAGGGGAAAUGGCUAUUGCACAGGCUCCGUUCUUCAGUGAGGAUCCGGAGCAAGCGUUGCGUGGCAUUCUCCCGUCGGAAGAUGUGGACUCAUUUUGGCGAGCGCUGUCCGAGGCCUUUCCCAACCUCAACAGGAGGAGGAGGAAGGCGCUACAUCGUUCCACCAAAUGGGUUGUUCACUUGUGUGCAGGCCCUCAACCCCAUAAAGAGCUUCUCAAGCUGCAGUCGGAUGGAACGGUGGUGGUGGAGUUGGACAUCGCACGCUCCAGCAUCCACAAUCUGUACUCCGAGCCACUUUGGAGGUUGUUGGUGAAGGCGGCGAGGGAUGGGCGCAUUGCAGCUGUGAUUGGCGGCCCUCCUUGUCGUACCAUGUCAGUUCUUCGGCAUAAGCCCGGAGGUCCAAGGCCAGUGCGGUCCCCUGCUGAGCCGUAUGGUCUGAGCGAUCUUAGUGCUGCCGAGCGUGAGCUCGUAGACAAUGACACGGGCCUGUUUGCACGGAUGUUGUUCUUGCACGCAGCUGCGACAGCCGGGAGGCGUGUCCAUCGUCAAUCGGCGGAACAAUCGUCGCAGGUGGCAUUCUUGCUUGAGCAGCCUCAGCCAGUUGACCGCUAUCUGCCUCCGGGCCACACCUUGGUUGGUGAAGUUCCCUCGUUUUGGCACACGACUCUAUGGCAGGCCUACGCCUCAGAGGCCGGCCUGUUCGAGGUCGACUUUGACCAAGGUGCGUUGGGCCAUGUGACCACGAAGCCAACCACCAUAGGCACGAACCUUCCUGACCUGAGGGGCUUGCACGGCCUCCGGGAGGAGAGUCCUAAGCCAGCGUGGGCAGGCGACUCAAAGGACUUAGCCGCGUGGGCGCCGCACUUUGUUAGAGCCAUAGUGCAAGCACUACAGUGUUGGCCCCGCUACCAGCUAUGCCGCAUGAGUCCCGAGGCGCCGGCACCGGCCGUAGGCAUCAAGGAGUCGCACACCCUGAUGUAUAUUGCCUGUCUGCCGACGUGGCUGGACCCAUCAGGGUCCCCGCAAAAGACCCCGAAGGUUGAUGGGUUCGACGACCCUUCACUCCACCCUGGCGGGGAGGACGAGCUAGCCGAUGUUGUUGUGGAAGGCCCGCCGGGGCCAGAGCACCACCCUGACGGGGAGGAAGAGCACCCUUGGGAGCACGCUAAGUGUGACUUUGAAGCUCCGCCCGGUUUAGCUAGGUUGGUGUUUGUUGUUCCGUUACACACGAACAAGAGUGAAGCGGUGCUAGAAGCACUGCAACAAGUGUUCCUGGAACUGCGUUCGUUGAACCUUCCUGUGUUGCGUUUUCACUCGGAUAGAAGUCGGGAGUUCUUUAACAAAAGGACCCGUGCUUGGUUCCAUGAGCAUGGCGUGCGCGCCACAACUGGGGAAGGAGACACGCCGCAGCAGAACGGAGCAGCCGAGAACACUAUCCGUUGGCUAAAGGCUAGGGCACGCACGCUUCUGGCACAGGCCGAGGUUGGAACGGAGCACUGGGCUUGUGCAAUGGCCACGGCAGCAUCGCAGCAACGAGCGCAACAGCUAGGCCUCAAGUCUAAGCUUGCCGCGCCGUUUGGGGCGCCGUGUUCCGUACAAAGUCGUACUACCACCUCAAAGAAGAGUACCUGCUUGCCCAGGCAGGUGCUCAGGUGUCGGGGUGUACCUGCUGUACUUUCUUGUUGUGUGUGUGUGAGUUGUUAA